ACAACUAUUCACACCAUGUCACCAGAGUGUUCCUCUUUGUGAGUGCUUAUAUAGAGUAAAACUUGCUUGUAAGCAAGCCAACAUGAUGAUAUCGGCCUGUGUGAUUCAUUGGGCGGCAUGUCACUAGCUAUUUCCUACAUGACACAAAGUUGACGUAAAGGGAGAAAGGGGGAUGCGACCUUUGAAUGCUGAACCAUCCUUUGAGCAGCAUUCAUAUUUUAGGAUUUAUUAUAGACAUUUGUGCACUCAAGCAUAAUAGUUCAAUCUAUCUCUUUAAAAGCUUGGUCCCUGAUCCACCCUGAGAAAUCUUUAUAAAAUUAUUAUUAAAUCCGAUCUUGUAAUUAAAAAUGACUGGAAAGGUCAAAGAGUGUGUGAGCCCUCUAGAAGGGCAAUGUGCUAAGCUGGAUUAGCAGGUUGGCUGCAGUCUGUGUCUGUUGCGAAUGGAAAUCAAACAUUAAAAACAAAUCACUCUAGGUUCUCAUGCUGGGGUAACUCUCAAGUUUCUGUGAUCAGGGGUGCGUUUCCCAAAGCGAACUAUGGUCGCAAGUUCCGUCAUUACCAAUAGAGUUCAAUGGGACUUACGACCAUAGUUGGCUAACGAUGCUUUCGGGAAACUCACCCCUGGUCUCUAUAUUUGGCUCAGGUCACUCCUUCAAUGCAAGUCUGUCAGAUUUUCUUCUUUGUUAUCUGCUAGGUAAACAUUGUAAGUCCGAUUGGUGAAAAGUAAAAACCUGUCCUCAAACCGCACAAUUUAAGAUGUCAUUCAUGUCUGUAGCAUGACACAAGUUACGCACCAAAGUUUAAUACUUAGGGUCUUCUUUUCGGAUCAUCAAAAAUAAGUAAUAAACUGUUUAGGGUGCAAAUCUUUAGGCACCUCACGAUCAGAUCCUGAUUCUGGGAGUUGAGUUCCGAUUCCAAAACAAUUCUUGAUCUACAUUUUUUUCUUAAAGGUGCAGUGUGUGCAUUUUAGUGGCAUCUAGCAGUGAUUUUGCGAGUUGCAACCAACAGCUCAGUCCACCGCUCACCCUUCCCUUUCAAAGCACAUAGAGAAGCUAUGGUGGCUGACACAAGACAAACAUGUCGCCGUCUGAGACAGAAGAGAGUAUCCAGUCAAGCAAUGAGCAGUUUGUCCGUUUAGGGCUAUACACCACUGAAAACAUAGUUAUGUAUAUUAUAUUGCAUUUCUGUCAAUAGAUCCUCCUAAAUAUUACACACUGGACCUUUAAUAAUUCGUUUACCGACUUUAAAUCUUAAUUUUAUUUCUUAUGUGUCAUUUUGCUUCAUAUAUUUUUGAGAUGCAAGUGUAUUUAACUGCUUAUGCUGCAUUCCAAAUGGCAUAAAUGAUGCCUUUGUGAGCAUUUGGAAGGGAAAAUAUUGAAAUAACCGCACAUUGUAAGCGUAACAUUAAGCAAAGCAAUUCAGAAUCGUUGAAGAGAGAAUUGCUUUUUUCUCCCACCCCUACUAACAUGUUUCAGCAUGACCUAUAGCAUCCCCAAUGCACAGCAUGAGCAUCAGUGGCCCAAAUACACCUCUUCUCAUCAGAUUCCCGCUGAGCUGAGUGGAUUAAUCUGUGUGUGUGUGUGUUAGCAGACGUUGUGCACAUCACCCAAAGGAUUUCCUGUGUGUGUUUGUGGAUUAGAGGGUUUAAAUCUGUGUGUGGGCAGAGCACAGUUAGUUCAGUGCAGAGCAAGACGGACAGAAAGGCAGAUGGAUGGAACGAUAGCAUGUGUGCGAUGCCAUGUUUUUGAAGUGUGUUUGUUUGUCAGUGGUAUCAGAGUUUUAGCGUUCGUCUGGUGAACAUGCGUGACCCAUGUCGUGUAUGCGGCGUAUGCGUGCAGGGCGGUCAGUGUCGUUGGUUGUUCAGUGCAUGUGGCCGUCUGAGGCUGGCGGUGGUCCUCUCCCAUGUGUUGGGUGUGGAGUUGCAACGGGACGGUUUCAGCGAGUUCCUCUGCGGAAAAUGUGUGUUCUUGCUCGAGCGCGUCGUGCGAUGCGAUGUCGCCAUUGAACAGCUGCAGGAAACACACGCUGCUCAGCUGCAGCAGCUGCAGAAGGAGAGAGAUGGACUGAAAACGCAAAUCACCAACAAAUAUAGACAACAUAACCCAACCAAACUAAGUGGAAACACAUCGCAGAGACCUCUCAAACAGGAAGUUCAGACUGGAGCAAGUUUACGCAGUCCAAAACGGCUGCAAUCCGUCCAGCGACCUCAACUGAUUCAACCAAAGCAGCGGCAAGCACGGACUGACGACGUACAGGAUACUUCAGGAAGAAGUCAAAGGCUUGUUUCUGUGGGUAAUGACCGACAGGAGAAGUUCAAAGGGCGAUUGAGGAGGUGUGUGAGCCUUGAGCCUCUUAGUAGAAUAGGAACAGAUCGCUCGCACCGUUCAAAAUUAAAUUUAUGUUCACGUCAGAGCAGCGACGCACGUUCUAGAACAACUGGUGGGCCGGUAGCCCGACCUCGCUCUCUUAGUCGAGACUACCUGGACGUCGUGCACAAGAAGAGCGCUCUGAUAUCACGAUCAACUUCCCUCCAAUCAGUGGCUCUGGAGCAGUACGACCAUGCCCUGAUCAGUGCAUCACCCUUCAAACAGACACGCCCACUGAAAAACUCAACACCCAGAACCAUAGAAACGACCACAGUGGUGUUUGAUAUACUUCAGCUCUUGAAGAGUGUGCAACGAGUGCAGCCCAUCCCACGCUGCAAUGGCAGCAAGAUUCCAGUACUGUACACACGUGGAAAUGCCCACAGGGGUGUGUCUUGGAAGUCGAGGGUAGAGAGAAGUCUGAGAGAGAUGGAGGAGGAAUUUAAUGAUGAUUACACACCUCUCAAACAGGAGGUACACUGCUCAUACAGUGGCUGUGAGAUUUUGAUGACCCUCUGCUUACUCAAACAGUAGAGUACGACAAAAACGUAUGCCUAGAACAUUAAGGGCAAUGAAUUCUAUUAUGCUUAACAGCCUCUUUUUUUAUUUGUGUCAAAUUCAAUAUGUGCUUUUGUG